AAAUCUUUUUGUUAUAAAGAUGGAUUUGCUAUAAGGCAGAUUUUAGAAUGAGAAUUCAGAUGGAGAUAGCUUAAGAUAAUCUUGGACUACUGAAGAUAGUCUAAGUAGAACCUCAAGCUAUGAUGCAGCUGAAGAAGUCAAUGAUCUUGAGGAAAGAAUCUGUCAAUACCUAAACGAUCUAAAUAUUCAAUCAUUUACAAAUCCUACUCUCAAAUAGGAAAUGUAUAACCUCUCAUUGAAACAAUUACUAUUUUCAAAAAUGAUCUCAUUAUCUAACACAAACAGCAGUAGUCUUAUGAAGAAGCGUUCACUACACUUCGCUGACUGAAUAUUGCCAUUUUUCCAAUACUAAUCACUUUAUU